GCAGACCUAAUCGACCCGGAAAUUGUCCGGGUAGCAUUUUGUCCAAACAGAAGAACGUUGAGUGAACUGAAACGGUUCGUUUCUGGGCCAUUGCUUCAUAUUAAAGCAGCUGUCAUGGCCCACGUCACCAUCAACCAGUACCUGCAGGAGGUGUACGAGGCCAUCGACAACCACGAGGGCUCCUUCUGCGCCGAGCUGCUCUCGUUCAAGCACCCACACGUCGUCAACCCCCGGCUCCAGCUGGCCAGUCCAGAAGAAAAAUGUCAACAGCUCCUGGAGCCACCGUAUGAUGAGAUGGUUGCUGCCCACCUCAGGUGUAUCUACGCCGUGUCCAACCACGACUUUGUUGAAGCUUACAAGUUCCAGACUCUCGUCGUUCAGUCCUUCCUGAGGGCCUUCCAGUCGCACAAAGAGGAGAACUGGGCUCUACCGAUGAUGUUCACCGUCACUCUGGAUCUCAGGAUAUUUGCCAACAACGCAGAGCAGCAGUUGCAGAAGAAGGGCAAAGGUCAGCCUGGUGAGAUGUUGGAGAAAGCAGCAGAACAGCUGAUGAGCUGCUUCAGAGUCUGUGCCAGCGACAAUCGAGCCGGCAUCGAGGACUCUAAGAAGUGGGGGAUGAUGUUUCUGAGCAACCAGCUCUUCAAGAUCUACUUCAAGAUUAAUAAGCUCCACCUGUGUAAGCCUCUGAUCAGAGCCAUCGAUAGCUCCAACCUGAAAAACGACUACAGUCCGGCCCAGAAGGUCACGUACAAGUACUACGUGGGCCGCAAGGCCAUGUUCGACAGCGACUUCAAGCCAGGUAAUACUACUGUCCUACUAAUGCAAGAAUACUACUGUCCUACUAAUGCAAGAAUACUACUGUUCUUCUAA